AUGGACUUGAUGAACUAUGUAUUCAGACCUUUUUUAGAUCUGUUUGUGAUUGUAUUUAUAGAUGAUAUUUUGGUUUACUCACCAUCAGAGGCUGAGCAUGCAGAUUAUUUAUGUGCGGUGCUUAGAGUUCUUCGGGAUAGAGAGUUAUAUGCGAAGUUUUCUAAGUGUGAGUUCUUCUUGAACUCUGUGGCUUUCCUUGGUCAUAUUAUUUCAGACGAAGGGAUUAAAGUUGAUACUCAGAAGAUUGAAGCUGUAAAGACUUGGCCAAGACCCACGACACCGACAGAGAUACGUAGUUUCCUGGGUUUGGGAGGUUACAACAGGAGGGUCGUAGAGGCAUUUUCUUCUCUUUUAGCCCCACUGACAAAUCUGACUCAGAAAUCAGCUAAGUUUCAGUGGACGGACACUUGUGAGCGGAGCUUUCAGACAUUGAAGGAUAGAUUGACUUCAGCGCCUAUUCUGACUCUUCCAGAGGGAACAGUGAUAUGUGAUAUAUUGUGA